GGAAAACAAACUCUCCCGAUUCUCUCGCUCGCUCGCUCAGCUCCUCAACAGUCACCUGAAGGCUGAAGAAGAAGAGCAAAGAGAGCAGAAUCUUGUCGGUGAAAAUCCGGGAGAAUCGGCAAUGCGAGAAGAGCAUAGUCCGGUUAGGGACGGUCGUCGAAGUGGAGGACUGAGGUCGUUGAUAGAUCCACGCUUCUUGUCAUCGUUUGCUUUAAACGACGGUGGUUCGAUUUCUGGACGGAGAUCUUCCUACCUGAAACUUCCUCCUCAGGGUCGUAUCAAGCUUUCCGUCGUUAAGCUCAACGGCUCCCUUUUCGAAGUUAAAUGGUUUCCAACGAAUCAAUAGAUGUGGAAGUUGCAAAGGAUUGCUCAGUGGCAGAGCUCAAAAGAGCUGUGGAACAAGUAUUCACCAUUUCUCCUCUGGAAGGUCACGGCAUGAUUUCAUGGUCUCACGUCUGGGGUCAUUUUUGCUUGUGUUAUCGAGACCAGAGAUUAGUCAAUGACAAGACUAGCAUCCGUUAUCUCGGUCUCAAUGAUGGAGACCAAUUACAUUUCGUAAGGCAUUUGUCGAUAGACCACUCUCCUAUGAACAAAAGAUCCAAGAGCCCGAGUUGCAAGCGGUACCUCGAGUUGGAUGUGUCAUCCAUUGUCAACGAAAUCCAAAUACAAAACCAAAACCAGAACGGUGUGGAUGAUGUAGCUGAGAAGUGUUAUCCAGGAGCACAAGACGAGUUACCGGCAGCAGAAUCCAGACUAGUUAACUUAAUUAAAGGAUGGUUGCCAUAUGCUGGACGUUGGGGAGUUUCCAGAAAAGGACCCGAGUGUCGCAGUGGUCCCUCCAGAUUUUCUUUGAAGCAUUUCGGUGGCAGACCCAAGAUGUAAAUCCGUAAGUCACAACCUCUUCCUAUGUCCCCUUUUUAAUCUCUUCCAAUGAUUAUUGGUUUAUGAAUUUGUUGUCCAGGAUUGUAUCAAAAGAUCCAUAGUUUUACAAAUUUCAUAUCUAUCUUCAUGCAUUGUGAAAGCUGAAGGAAGGUACAUUUUUAUUCGCAUAAAUUCAGCCUAGAACACAGUAGUAAGAUCAUCUGAUUUGUGAUAAAACAAGAAUGGAUUGAGUAUUUGUGUUGAUUUUGAAUAAUUUUGAAGUAAUAUGGCAAGGUAAACCUUAUAUAGGCUGAAAAUGGUUAAACCCAUACCAACCUACUGAGCCCAAUAAUUGGCCUCACCAUUUUGCUGGUCAAACCUAUGUUCCACCCGAGAAUCUAAGAAUGACACGCCCCACCACUAGCAUAUGCUCAUCUUCUUGCCUCUGUUUUAUUAAAAAGUAAAAACUGUCUAUCGUUGUCAUAUUUGUCUGUGUGUAUAAAGUUAACUUGUUGACAAUCUGGAUUCAUAGGGUGCCAUAUGGUUCACAUCUAAUUUAAUGUUUUCAUUCGAUUGAAACCUUCCUAGUAGUUUCAAGUUUGUUUCACCAAUGAACCAGGAUCUCAUUGAAUUAAUGUUAGAUGUAAGCUGGUCACCACUUUCUCAGGUUGUUUUGAGCUUGAGAAUAUUGUUUCCUUGUACAUCUUGAGAAAGUGAAGAAUCCGCUCUGAGAGAUUUGUCUUUAGAUAAACAAUCGAAUUUUGGCUCUUAAUGAUCGGAUUAGUUCUUGGACGAGUGUAAGGGUUUUGUUCUUGUCUUCAUAAUAAACUUUUUGUUUUUUUGUUUUUUUGUUCUUUUGUAUUUGCUUUCUUGGCUGGUAAAGUGAAAAAAUGCAGAAACGGUGGAAGCAAGUGCAGAAGUAGACAGUGAGUGUCAAUCUAUAGCCAGGCUUGAAGACUUUCAUUCUCGUCUAUUCUGCAUUCUGUGAUCCACGAAGAGUAUACCACUCAAUAAAGUAAAGUAAUCCCCAAGGCACAGCCACUGAGGUUGUUACAGGUCAGGAUUCUACUUUCUAAAAAAAUUGGUAUGACUGAUGGAUCUCAGCAUGUGGGUCUAAUCUAAUAUUGGAUGUGUGAUAGUCUCAUUGUCCUGCAUGCACUGGACUUGUAAGUUACAAGUUGUAACACCAAAAGGUGAGAGGAUAGUGGAUACAGUGACUUACACUAUCUGCCAACAGUAAAAAACGCAAAUAAGUGGGAUCUUUGAUUGGCAUUUUGAUUAGAGUUGAUGUUACUGUUAGAGGAGAGCACAGAGUCACAUGGUCAAGUCCCUCUCUUUCAAUCCUUUUUAUGUCUUUAAAAAAAAAAAAAUUAUUGGAAGUAAAUGAAAGAGAGGCAGAGGAGAUCUUGGGUAGUGAUUGUCCUCCUAAGAUUUGGUGUCCUUCUCUGUCUCUUUUGAAAUUAACUGCACGAAAGAUAUUUGUGAGGUACGCAUUCCUUGUGUUUCGUUUUCAAACUUCAUCAUCUCUUCUUUCAACCAUUUUUCCUUUUCUUUACUUACCGUUUAGAAAUCUUGAAAUAAACUGACCAAUUAGAUAUUUCAGUAAAAAAAUCCUAACAUCUAAGGAUAUAGAUAGGUGCAACUCGGCCGCUUACGAAUGUAUUCGUUGUGUUCUUUUCUGUUUUGAAGUUGGAUUUGAAAGACCACUACAAUAAUCGAGUUUGAGUGUUGUUGUCGUUUUAUUGUGAAAUAUAAGGAGUGACGUGUCUAAUGAUCUAGAGUCAUAGUGUGUAUGUAGAUGAAAUCAUGAAAAGCAUAAGUUGGUUCAGAUCCGACUAGUGGACAGAAAAGGAUAAUAGUCUCAUCUGAUUGAU